AUGGCUGAUGUACCAUUGGCAUCCUUGUCAUUGACCCACGUCCACUACAACCCUCACGAUCCACUCUCUUUCCUGUCUGCCUGGCUUGCUCUGGUGCCACAGGCACUGUGCGUGGGCUAUGUUACCCUCAUCUGGGCUUCAAGGGAGGUUGAAGUCGUGUUGAUGUUUGCGGGACAGCUGGGCUGCGAGGCACUGAAUUUUGUGUUAAAGCGGAUUGUCAAAGAAGAGAGACCAAAGCAAAUGCUAGGUAAAGGAUAUGGCAUGCCAUCUUCCCAUUCCCAGUUCAUGGCCUAUUUCGCGGUUUAUGCAGGACUUUUUCUCAUUUACCGACAUAACCCGGCUUUGACGCAAUCGGAAGGGACGUUUCAUUUCUGGGUGCGAGUGUUCAUCGCUUUGGUGCUGUGCAUUGGCGCCAGUGCAGUGGCUGUUAGCCGUGUUUACCUCAACUACCAUACCCCCAGGCAGAUCCUAGCAGGGUGUGGCGCGGGAGUAGUAUGUGCGUUCUCUUGGUUCUUUGUCACCAGGCUUUUACGGAUCCAUGGGUGGAUCGACUGGGCUUUGGACCUGGAGGUGGUUCGAUACUUUCGAGUGCGAGACUUGGUGGUAAGUGAAGACCUUGUCGAGGCCGGAUGGCAACGGUGGGAAGCAAAGCGGAAGUUGAAGCGGAAAGGAAACAGUGAUCGGACGUCAUCGAAAUCCAAAUAA